AUGGCUCAAACUGCAACACUGGUCGAGCGAGACCUGCGUUCUCUGCUAUGCUCAACGCGAGCAGGUUGCUGCUUUGCUGCCGCCGUGGCACCGGAGCGCCUCCGGCGCCGAGCUCUAACAGGCGCAGCCGCGCAUCCUCCAAGGCGGAGCGGUUACCAUCGUGGGUGUCCUUGUGGGGAUGUUCGCAUGCCUGGACUCCAUGCAGGGAAGCAGGCAUUGCUAUGGCGAUACCAGAGAUCACUGCCUCGACGACAGCAGCAGUAUUGGGGUCGGCACGCGUGCCGAUCUGGCGUGCUGAUGUCCAUUAGAAGCGCACUGAGCGAGCAGCAGGCAGCUGCUUCAACGGAUCUCCUGAUUCUCAGCAACGGCCCCGGCGAGCUUUAUACUUGGGUUCGACCGCUCCUCAUGCAUCUCGGCGAGGAGUUUCGCAUUUCCAUCGCGUUGACGCCUUGUCCACACGCUAGCGGUAGAGAAAUGGACGCAGUGCUGCGCUUUCCGCAUGUGGCACGGGUUUUGCCACCAGCCCAUUUCUGGCGACUGCUCCUCGGAAUCGAGUCGCAUGGGUUGUGGGAACCGGGCGACUCAAACGCAGGUUCUUCGUCUGCCGACAUGGAAACGUUCUGGCGUCGACAGGGGGUCGUUCUAUUUCUUGGCGGUGACCAGUUUUUUGCAGGCCUUAUUGCGAGAAGGCUCGGGUACCCAUGCGUAGCCUAUGCUGAAUGGGAUGCCAUGUGGCCCGGAUGGAUUUCCUGUUAUGCAGUGCGGAGGCAAGCGAUCCGCCAACGGGCCCGCAGGCACCUGCUUUAUCGGCUUUUUGUGGCUUGGGCAUGGAUCCUCGGACUCUGGGGGGUCACUCUCCAGCAGCGACGGCGAGCAGUUCCCAGAAUCGUGGUGAUCGGCGACCUGACAACGGAUGCAGUUUGGCAGUACGACAAUGUUCGGGAAAAAGCGAAGACGCUACGCGAUUUGUACGUUGCGGCCUACGCGGAGACGCAUCUGGGCGACUCGACCGCGCACGAGACGAAGCUUAGCCCCCAAAACCAACAUUCCAGUGAGGUGCGCUCGACAGCUGCAGCCCAUCAGAAUCGAGUGCCUCGUACGUCGGUGUUGCAGGCCGGCUCCUCGCGGGAAAAGCAUAUUCUCGUUGGCCUGCUACCGGGAUCGAAACCGAGCAAGCUGGCAAUCAUGGUUCCAUUCUUGCUGCUGUGCGCGUAUCAUAUACACAUGCGCGCAAUGCGCUUGGGUGUUGGCCCCGUGGUGUUCGUGCUCCCAGUGGCACCGGGCUUGGAUACAGCAACAGUACAGCGCUUUGCGGAUCCCGCUCACAACUCAAUGUUUCAGUUCAUCCCGGGCGCCUCUGCUCAUUCGUCGCUCUGCACCAAAUUCACAGCUGCAGACGAGCCAAGCGUAGCCACGGAACAAAGUAAGCGACCCGCUCCACAUGCGCAAGUCGCACAGGCCAUGCCCUCAGCGCUGGACCCAGACGAGCGCAAUAUGGAGGCCGGCCCUGGCCCGCUGGCCCCGUGCCUGCUUAUUGAUCGCGUGCACGCCCCAGCAGCGGGUGCAAGCGGCGUAGGACGUCUCGAAGCUAGCGCUGUUCAAGUGCCGAUUUUUUUACACGAAGAAUCCCCCGCGUAUGCGUUGCUUGCUGCUACAGACAUAUGCCUGACAACCGUUGGUGCAAAUACGGCGGAACUGGCCUCGCUUUGGACGCCCGCCCUGGUACUCGUUCCCACGCAUCGAUUGGAUGUAAUGCGCGCAUGGGACGGAAUCUUGGGUAUUCUGUGUCGUUUGCCUCUGAUCGGUACGAUCAUUACGAUCCUGACAAACCGCAUCAUAUUGUGGAUGUAUGCGACUCGCCGCUGGGGCUACUUUGCGCUCCCUAAUCGCUGGGCAGGGAACCGCGAACUACUUCCAGAGCUGGUUGGUAAUUUGGAUGCUCAGCAAGUUGCGGCCCGGGCGCUCGGCCUGGCACUCGAUCAGGAUAGGUUGCAGCUCAUUCGACAUGCGUUACGGAACCAUGCGCAGCCAAGUGGUGCAGUGCGUCGCCUUGCGGUGCUUGUGCGGCAUGCACAACGCACUGCAGCAGUAGCUGCACCGAGAGAGGCAGUUGCUGAUGCACACGACUCGUUGCGUACCGCAUGA